AUGGCUGCUACGAGUACCAUACAGGUCCCCCACCUGGGUGGCAUUACGGCCGGUUACCGUCUAUCCGCGGACAAGGUCGACCCCGCCAAGCCCACCGUUGUGCUCAUCAACUCCAUGUGCACCACUGUCUCCCUCUAUAACGACCAGUUCAACAGCAAGACGCUGACGGAUGCCGUCAACCUUCUGGCCGUCGAGCCUCUCGGCCACGGCUCCACCAGCUGCCCAGUUGAGCAUUUCACAUACUGGGACACAGCUAUCAUGGCCCUGCAGGUCAUGGACAAGCUUGGUGUCCAGAAGGCUUUCGCCCUUGGCACCAGCCAGGGCGGCUGGAUGGUUGCCCGUAUGGCUCUUUUGGCGCCUGAGAGAAUCCUUGGUAUCUUGCCUCUGGGCACCUCCAUGGACUACGAGUCAGCCGACUCGCGUGGCAAGGGCUGCUGGGACCCCAAGGCCCAGCUCCUAGCCUUCUACGAAGCCUGGUCUAGCCCUGUCCCUACUCCUGACUUCCUUGUCGACGACGUCUGGUGCGGAAUGGUCGGCAGCCUGGGUUUCUCUGGCACCGUACCUCCGGAGACCCUCGCCUUCUGGACUAACACGCUCAAGUCCGUCUACAAGGGCGAUGAGGGCCGCAAGAAGCUCAAGAUUGCCCUUGGUAACCUCCUCACUCGUGACGGUCUGCUGCUGAGACUCCGGGAUAUCAAGUGCCCCGUUUACUGGCUCCAGGGAACCGCUGAUCCGGUCUUUGGCGUCGAUGUCCCCGUUGAGCAGAUCAAGCUCUUCACCUCGUCGCCUGAGGCGACGCUGACGAUGGUUGAGGGUGGCGGCCACUACCUCAACGCCACGAGCCCCAAGGAGGUUGAGGAGGCUCUGCUGAAAAUGGUUAACAAGUAUGCUUAA